AUGCCAUCACCAAUACAGAAGCUUUUCUGUAGAGCUUCGGCCAUUCCGACCUUGUUGUCCAACGUCGAUCAGUUCAAGGCCGAGAGUCAGGAUAGCAGCUUGGCCGAGGAAAAUGUUCUCAAUGCAAGAGCUCUCAAAUUCUCCUUUGUCUCGGCCCUGACAAACUUGAAUGAAAUGGAAAAUGAACUGACAUCCCAAGGGCAUCGACCUUGCCAGCCACCUCCUUCAAAUUCCAAGUCUGUGGAGUCUAAGCACUUGGACCGCGUUCUCUGGUUCCCAGGUAUUACAAGUGCAAACGCAUUGGUUUAUCUUUGGACAUUCAAAAUUAUCUGCAUGACUGAGCUCCGCGAGCUAGCAGAAUUUUCCGCUCCUCGGCAUAUUGAGGACGAAAUCUGUUUUCGCGACCUAUCUCCGGCUUCGCUUAAACAUCAAAUCAUUGAGCUAGCCGUUUUGAUUUGUCAGAGUAUGGAAUACUGCAUCCAGGAUGAAAUGGCCCUUUAUGGACCGGCGUCUGCCAUCUACCCCCUUCGGAUUGCUCAUAAAAUUUUGAAGUCGGCUACGAACUACGGCGCACAUACAAAAUGGUUCCGGCAGAUUCUGGAAGCUGCUGUCCUCAUCCACUCGUUCGGUGUCAUUCAUUCGGACUUGGCGCUACGGCAAAUUUUGGUCGACGAUACCCUCGAUCUACGCUUGGGUGAUUUCAACUCCUCUCAGUGCACUGGACCCCCGGCUCUGGGUCACGAGAAAGCAUCCCAUUGCCUAUCUCGGGACUAUGAGCUUGAUAUCCUUGUUUUGGGGUCCACUCUUUAUGAAUUAGUCGCCGGCGGAGCUCCUUACAGCGAACUGAAUCCUAAUGAAUCCGAUGACCCGGAUUCCAUCAAGGCACAGAUCCGGCGGCAACACGCGGUGGUGGAUAUUGAGAUGGAAGACCGGUAUAGGAAACAGCAAUUUCCGGUUGUUACGGACGUCCGACGUGGAGAUAUCAUACUAGGUUGCUGGAAAGGGCAGUUUGCCACAGCACAGGAGGCGCUUGAUCGGUACCUACAAGCAUGA